UUGAUGUUUUGCAUUGUUAUUACAUUUUCAUAGAUGGGAACUGACAAGAAACCCCGUAAGCCCCGCAAUUAUGAAUUGGGCGGGAGUGGCAUCAUGCGCUUCUCCAGCGCCAGAAUGUACAAGAAGAAGGCCGUGUAUAAGUUUGCCAAGCCAGGCCAGAAGAGAACUGAUAAAGCAAAGAGUGAAACUCGUAUGGUCAAGAAACAGAUUGGGGGUGACAAAAAUGGAGGCACUAGAACUGUCCGUGUGACAAGAAUGCCCCGUUUCUACCCAACUGAGGAUAGACCACGCAAGCUGAAGACCAGGAAGAAUGCCUUCAGCCAGCACAAGAGAAAGUUGAGAUCUUCCAUUACUCCUGGCACAGUCUUAAUUCUGCUUGCAGGCAGGCAAAAGGGAAAGAGAGUGGUUUUCCUCAAGCAGCUUGGUUCUGGUCUGCUUCUUGUUACAGGACCAUACCAUAUAAAUGGCUGCCCUCUGAGGCGCAUCAACCAGGUGUACGUCAUUGCCACCAAGACCAAGAUUGACAUCAGCAAGGUCAAAAUCCCGGACAACGUCAAUGACGAAUACUUCAGAAGGAAGAAGCUGAAAAAGCCUAAACACACAGAGGGAGAGAUCUUUGACACACAAAAAGAGGUGUAUGCUGUCAGUGAAGAACGUAAGAAAGAUCAAGUGGAUGUUGACAAGCAAGUUCUGGAUGCCAUCCGACAGAGUCCGGACAAGAAGCUGCUCUUUGGGUACUUGGGAGCCAUGUUCUCCUUGAAAAACAGGCAGUACCCACAUGAAAUGCAAUUCUAAGGGACUGAAAAAGUCUAAAUAUUUGUAAAUUAAAAAAAGAAAGACAUUAAAGAAAUAUAAAGAAAAGAUAA